AUGGCUCAAGAAGCUAAAGAAACAUUUACUUCAUUGAAUGAUGAGAAUGAUCCUCAAAGAGAAGCUAUUUUCAAAUAUACUUGGGGUACAUGGUUAAAAAAUGAUGAAGCUGAAAAGAGAAAGAGAUACACAAAAUUCUCUUUAACAGGAUUACAAAAAGUUAUGAAAGAAUUAUUAGACGAAACCAAAGAUACUGCAAAGAAUACUAAAGAUGUUAAAGAAGCAGCGGCUGUCGUUCCACCAAAAGCUCAUCAAAAUGGUAUUGUUUCCUUACCUCAUAAUGUUAAUGUGGUAAAUUUUGGUUCAUUGAAUCCAAAUGAACAAUUCCAAAUCAAACAAUUAAGCAGUCUUCAUGAAGGUAAACAUCAUAGAAUUUAUAAACUUGAUUUAAACACUGGUAAAAGUUUCAUUUUAAGAAUUCCAUAUCCAUUAGAUACUGAAUAUGCAAUCAAGAAAAGAAUCCAAAGUGAAGCAGCAACAUUAGAUUUCAUCAACUUGAAAACUGAUAUCAAUGUUCCAAAAGUCUUUGCCUAUGGUGCUGAUAAUACUAAUCCUUUGAACAUUCCAUUCAUCUUGGAAGAAUUCAUUGAAGGUGAAACCUUAAUGAAGAAAUGGCAACCAAUGACCCCUCAUACUGAUGCAAAACAUAAAGAUAUCAUCGGAGAAGUUAUCAACCCAUUAUCAGAAUUCCAAGCUAAAUUAUCAGCAUUCGAAUUUAAUCAAUUUGGUUCUUUAUAUUUCAAUGUUGAUUCUACUGAAGUCAACCCAAAGGAACCUUACAAUGGUGAAACUGACAAAGCUUUGAAAGGUCGUUGGGUUAUUGGUCCAAGUACUGAAAGGGUUUACUGGAGAAACAAACGUCAUUUGAAGAAAUCCCAAUUCGAAAAUUUGGUUGGUCCAUGGGCUGCUGAUAAACCAUUAGAUCUUGUUGAAUCUGUUGCUGAUAUUGAAUUGGAAAGCUUAAGAACUAGAUUAGCAUUAUCUGAAGCUGAUACUGGUGUUCUUGAAAACAAGGAUUUAUUGAAACAAGAAAUUGACAUUUAUUCAAAUUUGAAAACUCUUGCUCCAGUUUUAAUUAAUACAAAAUCUGAAAGUGUUAAAAAUAUUGAUGCAUUAUUUGCUCCAAGAUUAGCACAUACCGAUAUUGACCCAAUGAAUGUUUUGGUUAAAGAUGAUGAAUAUUAUUUCUUGGAUUUUGAAGGUGCAACUAUCAAACCAAUCAUUUUCCAAAGCACCCCAAGAUUUGUUGCUUAUGAAGAUGGUCCAAAGAUUUACGAAUUUGAAAUUGAUAUGAAACAAUAUGAAACUUUAUCAGAUGCUGAUAAAUAUUAUUAUGAUUUUGCCGUUGUUCGUACAAGAAAUGAAGUUUUAUGGGACGUUGCCUUAGCUAAGACAUUUGCUGAACUUGAUACAGAAGCUUCACCAGUCUUGAAACGUUUAAGAGGCCCAUAUGUUACUGCUGUCGAAAAGAGAUCAGAUUUAGAAGCUGCUCUAGUUGAACGUAAGAUUUAUGAAGUUUCUGUUCAAUGGGAUCAAUUUGCUGAGCAUAAAUUUGUUUUAGCAGAAAAAUUCCCAAUUGAAAUCAAUCAAGAAAAAUGGGAAACUCAUGCUGCUUUAUUGGAAAAAUACUAUGCUGAAAUUGGUAAUGUUGCCUUCGCUGUCACUAGUGGCUGGGUUCCUCAAGAUAUGUUUGAAUCAUUACUUUCACAAGGUGUGAUUGUUAAAAAAGAUAACGGUGAUUAUGAAAUUGCCAAUGAAGCGUUAGGAAAUGCUGAAGGUUCUGAAUCUGAAUCUAAAUAG